UGGGAGCGUGUGACGCUGCAGGCCGCGGCGGAGCUGGGGAUUAAUGGGAAAAGUUUUGGCAGGAGCUGGGGGAUUCUGCGGAGCCUGCGGGACAGUGGCGGCGGCUGCGCGAGAGGCGGCGGGGACAGUGCUGUGCAGCGGCGUGGGCAUGCGCAUGGGACUCACCCAGAGGCUCCUGCUCACUGACAGAUGAAGACAAACCCACGGUAAAGGUGGUCCAUCUGUGCUCAGACCCAGAUGGUGGCAGAGCUAUGACCAGGCCUGCAGGCGCCACGCCAGCUGGGGGUCAGUCAUGGAACAGCCACAGGAGGAGACCCCUGAGGCCCGGGAAGAGGAGAAAGAGGAAGUGGCCACAGCUGACGGCGCCCCAGAGCUCAGUGGGGGACCAGAGCACUCACUUCCUUCCCACAGCUGCGCAGACCUCUCCCAGAAUCCCUCUCCAUCCUCCCUGCUGGACCAGCUGCAGAUGGGCUGUGACGGGGCCUCGGGUGGCAGCCUCAACAUGGAGUGCCGGGUGUGCGGGGACAAGGCCUCGGGCUUCCACUACGGGGUCCAUGCGUGCGAGGGGUGCAAGGGCUUCUUCCGCCGCACCAUCCGCAUGAAGCUCGAGUAUGAGAAGUGCGAUCGGAUCUGCAAGAUCCAGAAGAAGAACCGCAACAAGUGUCAGUACUGCCGCUUCCAGAAGUGCCUGGCGCUCGGCAUGUCACACAACGCUAUCCGCUUUGGGCGGAUGCCCGAGGCCGAGAAGAGGAAGCUGGUGGCGGGGCUGACGGCCAGCGAGGGGUGUCAGCAGAACCCGCAGCUGGCCGACCUGAAGGCCUUCUCCAAGCACAUCUACAACGCCUACCUGAAAAACUUCAACAUGACCAAAAAGAAGGCCCGGAGCAUCCUCACCGGCAAGUCCAGCCACAACGCACCCUUUGUCAUCCACGACAUCGAGACACUGUGGCAGGCGGAGAAGGGCCUGGUGUGGAAGCAGCUGGUGAACGGGCUGCCGCCCUACAACGAGAUCAGCGUGCACGUGUUCUACCGCUGCCAGUCCACCACGGUGGAGACGGUCCGCGAGCUCACCGAGUUCGCCAAGAACAUCCCCAGCUUCAGCAGCCUCUUCCUCAACGACCAGGUGACCCUCCUCAAGUACGGCGUGCACGAGGCCAUCUUCGCCAUGCUGGCCUCCAUCGUCAACAAAGACGGGCUGUUGGUGGCCAAUGGCAGUGGCUUCGUCACCCACGAGUUCCUGCGCAGUCUCCGCAAGCCUUUCAGUGACAUCAUUGAGCCCAAGUUCGAGUUUGCGGUCAAGUUCAAUGCGCUGGAGCUGGAUGACAGUGACCUGGCGCUUUUCAUCGCGGCCAUCAUUCUGUGCGGAGACCGGCCAGGCCUCAUGAACGUGCCCCAGGUAGAAGCCAUCCAGGACACCAUCCUGCGGGCGCUCGAAUUCCAUCUGCAGGUCAACCACCCCGACAGCCAGUACCUCUUCCCCAAGCUGCUGCAGAAGAUGGCCGACCUGCGGCAGCUGGUCACUGAGCAUGCCCAGAUGAUGCAGUGGCUGAAGAAGACGGAGAGUGAGACCUUGCUGCACCCCCUGCUCCAGGAAAUCUACAAGGACAUGUACUAAGGCCGCAGCCCAGGCCUCCCCACGGGCUCCGCUGGGCCCAGCCACGGACUGUGCAGACAGAGGACCAGCCCACAGGCCCAAGCAGCUCGAGCCUGCUCACAACACUCCAGACGUGUGGCCCAGACUCCUCUCUGCCCCCGGCCCGUUUCUCCCCAGCACUUCCUGUCUUGUCUUGCUGUCUCCCCAGCACCCGUGCUCCCCCGCCUCGCCUUCCCUAGAAUCCCCCUCCUCCCUCUGUCCCCACAUCAGUCCGAUUCCUGUCAGAUCAGAGAGCCUGUUGCAGCCCAGAAGCAGUGGGGUGGACACUGGCCCAGCCCUGCCUCUCCUGUCUCCUCUUCAAAGACACGAGCCAUCCAAAGAAACACUACACUCUCUCGGGGCCCAGCUUUCCAAGAAGCCUGGCCUGGCCUGACCGCUGUCCCAGCCUGUGGUCACCAUCACAGGCUCUUCCUGCCUCCUGCAGUGAGCAGGCCUGGAGCCAUGUUCCGGGGCUGUCUCAACGCCAGGCACUCUGCUCUCACUCUGACCCCCUCCUCUCCUCCUGCCAGUGCUCCAGACCGCUGUCACUGACGGCCCUUGUGCCGCCUUGGAGAUGUCCUCUCCAGAUGAGGUCCAACAGCUCCACUGUAAGGAGGGGGUAGAGGCUGGCCAGAAGCAGCAGCACACUUAGGUCCCAGGGUUAGAAACUCGACAGCGAGUGGGGAGGCCCUCCAUCAGCACCCCUCCUCUGCCUGUAGUGGCAUCCAGACUGACAGAACCCAGUACCAGAAAUUGGACCAUAGCUGUUCCUAAUUCUCCUGGGAGAUGCUGGCACACCUGCCCCUGCAGCUGCCUCGGUGAAGCCAUGACCCUGGCUCGCCUCUCAGCCGCCACAGAGCCCCUACCAUGCCCUCCCCAAGGCCACUAGGGUACAGCUGUGGCCCUAGGAUUGGUGAUCUGUGAGCAGGCAGGGGUAUCCUGCCAGGUCACCCCGCCAGCUCACGUGCAGAGCUGCCCGGGCUCCUCAGACCCUGUCCCCUCUCCUGCAGCUCUGCCGCCUUCUCUCUUUUUAUGCCUGGCUGGUCACCAGCUCCCAGCUGCUGAUUCAAGUGUCUUGUGCGUGCUCCCAUACUCUGCCCAGCCCCCUCCAGGCUCUCCUAAGACCAAGGGCGGAGCCCAGCCCAGCAGAUCCUGGCUAGGCCCACAGGGAGCCACCAGCCAGCCUCUCUGAGAAAAGCAUUGGACGCCUGACCUUCAAGGUCCCUGUCUGGGCCUUUGUGGCUUGGAGAGGUGACCAGCCCAGUGUCGGUUCCUGCAGUGCAGUGGGCUGCUGCCAGAUUAUUCCCUGCUAGCACACUCCCUGUCGUCCACCUCUACUGAUCAGGUCUUGGGGUGUUCCCUGUGGGGCCCAGGCUGUGAAUGGAGCUGCAUACCCUGCCCCGCCCCUCGCCCGUGCCCUGCCCCUCGCCCUGCCCCGCCCCCAGUUCUGGUGCUGAGGAUGCAGCUCCUCUCAGGGUCUGAAGUCUCCAAAACUGAAAUGUAUAUUUUUGCUAGGAGCCCCAGCUUCCUGUGUUUUUAAUAUAAAUAGUGUAUACAGACUGACAGAACUUUAAAUAAAUGGGAAUUAAGUAUUUAA